AUGGGGACUGCGCUCGCUGGUUGGUGGCUGUGCGUAAUGCUGUCAAUGCCACUCAUCUCCGGACAGGACGCAGAGACCGGAGCGGUGAAAGAAGACAUCCCAGAAGGAGCAUCCACGCUGGCCUUCGUGUUUGAUGUGACCGGGUCCAUGUAUGACGACCUGGUUCAAGUAAUCGAGGGCGCUUCAAAAAUCCUGGAAACAUCACUGAACAGACCCAAGCGACCUCUGUACAACUUUGCACUGGUGCCAUUCCACGAUCCAGAGAUCGGCCCAGUGACCAUAACUACAGACCCCAUAAAGUUCCAGUAUGAGCUGAGGGAGCUGUAUGUCCAGGGCGGAGGUGACUGCCCUGAGAUGAGUAUUGGUGCCAUAAAGAUCGCCUUGGAGAUUUCUUUACCUGGAUCCUUCAUCUAUGUGUUCACUGAUGCCCGCUCCAAAGACUACAGGCUGACCCACGAGGUCCUGCAGCUCAUACAGCAGAAGCAGUCACAGGUGGUGUUUGUGCUGACAGGAGACUGUGAUGACAGAAGUCACAUUGGAUACAAAGCUUAUGAAGAGAUUGCCUCCACCAGCUCUGGACAGGUCUUCCAUCUGGACAAGAAACAGGUCAAUGAGGUCCUUAAAUGGGUGGAAGAAGCCGUGCAGGCAUCUAAAGUCCACCUGCUGUCCACAGACCACUUUACCGGGGUCAGCAACACAUGGCAGAUGCCCUUUGACCCCAGCCUCAAGGAAGUCACUGUGGCUCUGAGCGGCCCAGCACCAAACAUCGAGAUCAAAAAUCCACAGGGUAAAGUCAUAGGGAAGAACGAUGGACUGAAGGAGCUUUUGCACAUCCCCAACUCGGCUAAAGUCAUGAACAUUAAGGAUCCUCAGCCUGGAACAUGGUCUAUCAAGACAUCCAGUGAAGGCAGACACUCGGUUCGUAUCUCGGGCCUCAGUAACAUUGACUUCAGAGCCGGGUUUUCCAGAAGGCCCACUUUAGAUUUUAAGAAAACCAUCAGCAGACCUGUACAAGGUAUUCCCACACAUAUCCUCCUCAACACCACUGGUCUGUCUCCUCCGGCACGGGCAGACAGACUGGAGCUCCUGUCCAUAAACGGUGAUGUCAUCAAAACUAUUCCCAUCCGAUAUUUUCCACAUCGGGAACCGUAUGGUCUCUACAACAUCUCAGAGUUUAUGCCCCCAAAUGAAGCCUUCUUCCUCCGAGUCACAGGAUAUGACAAAGAUGGCUUCAUAUUUCAACGUGUAUCAAGUGUUUCCUUCUCAAAUAUUAAACCUGAUGCUCCAAAAGUGUUAAUGCCACCCACCACGCCUGGAUACUACCUUCAAAAUGGGGCCAUCAACUGCCAAGUCCAAAGUCUCAUCCCAUUCACUCUUCGUUUUAGUAGAGAUGGGAGAAAACUCGGUGUGGACCAACUAUAUAGUGAGUCAGUAAAUGCAUCUUGGGACAUAGACCAGGUGACAUUGAAAGAUGAAGGAUACUACGAGUGUGUUGCGAUCAGUAACGCUGGGACUGGAAGAGCUCGCACCUUUUUAGAUGUCUCAGAACCACCUCCAGCCGUCACAGUGGAGGCUAAUGUCACCGCUGCUCCUGGGUCCGGUGCAGUCCUCACCUGUCAUGUGGUCAGUACAGUGACCUUUAACCUCACGUGGCUCCGAGGGGGUCAGGACGCUCGGCUGGACCCCCGCGCUCGUGUCUUGUCCAAUAUGUCCCUGCGAUUGGACAGCGUGACCCCAGAACACACAGGCUUCUAUGAGUGCAUCGCUGUCAAUGAAGGAGGACCGACUGGAGAGAGGGUCUAUCUCACUGUACAAGAGGCGCCCCAAGUCUUGGUCCAUCCCAGAAACCAGACGUUUCAAAGUGGAGACGAGAUCAGGAUCCGCUGCACUGCCACAGGACACCCUCCUCCUCGACUGGUGUGGACUCACAACGACAUGUUUAUCAUGGCCUCCAGCAGACACAGAAUGACACCUGACGGAGUAUUUGUGAUAAGAAACAUGCAGAAGAAGGAUGGAGGAGCCUAUGGCUGCAUAGCAAGUAACCAGGCUGGGACAGACACUAUGGUGGCUGCUGUCACUUACAUAGAGUCUCCAGUGGUGACCGUGGCCUUGAGUGAGAUUCUCAUUGGCAUUGGAGAAACCACAGUGAUGGCCUGCUCUGCUUCUGGGAUCCCCCAAGCUGAGAUCUGGUGGUAUAAAGGUGACGUACAGCUGCAGCCUUCCUCCACAUACGACAUAAACAGAGUGGAGGGGACAUUGGUGAUUAAGGAGACACUGGACAUAGAUGCAGGAGAGUACACAUGUGUGGCUGUCAACGCGGCCGGGACUUCAUCAGGAAAAAUAUUACUCGAUGUCGGAGCUGCCCCCACAUUUGUCCGAGAGCCUUUAGACACUGCAGCAGACAUCAGCUCCAAUGUGACGCUCCAGUGCCUCGCUCAGGGCUACCCCCAACCUCAGGUAACAUGGAGGAGACAGGACGGGCUCCCGCUGUUCAACACACCGCGUGAACAAGGCUACAUCUCACAGACUAAUGGAGACCUGCACUUUACCAAUCUGUGGGUGGAUGAUGAUGCUGUUUAUAUCUGUGAGGCUCACAAUAAUUUUGGCUCAAUUGAAGCUGAAGUGAGAGUUACAGUCACUGGGCUGGUCUCUCCUGUCAUUGCAUUGAGCCCCACAGUGCUCAGUGUUGUGGAGGAUCAGCAGGUAACGUUACCCUGUGUACUUUUGGCUGGAAACCCACUCCCAGAGAGGAGAUGGUUGCACAACUACGGCCUGUUGUUUUCAGACCAGUAUUUGACCGUGAGGAGGGAUGGCAGUUUGCAGAUUGACAGAGUGCGUUUGGACGAUGCUGGAGACUACACCUGUUUAGCUGAGAAUGUUGUUGGCGCCACUAAUCACACUACAACAGUCAAUGUCUAUGUGAUUCCCACAAUUCAGCAUGGCCCCCAGGUUUUCAGCACCAUAGAGGGAGUGCCCAUCUCUCUUCCUUGUCGAGCCAAUGGAAUUCCAGAUCCUGAAAUCACCUGGACCAAAGGUGGGGGGCUGCUGUACUUGGGUGGUCCGGACUUUGACUUACACUCUGAUGGAUCUCUUUACAUUAAGUCUCCAACUGGGAAUGAGACUGGAGAGUUCAUCUGCUCUGCUACCAAUGCCGCUGGGUUUGCAACCAGGAAAGUUCAGCUAACUGUCUAUGUCCGUCCUAGAUCUCGUACCAGUCCAGAUGGCCCCUCAGUACCACUGAACAUGUCUGUAGUUGAAGGGGACGAUGUGAUUUUGCCCUGUGAAGUCCAGAGUGCCCCCCCUCCCACUUUCAGCUGGGCCAAAGAGAGACAUCUCAUCUCCCCAUUUUCUAUAAGACACUCCCAGCUUCCCUCAGGCUCACUUAAAAUCCUGGAGAGCAGAGUAUCUGACAGUGGGCUGUAUGUGUGUGUGGCCUCCAACAUCGCUGGUAACCUGACACAGACCAUCAAACUCAGUGUUUUGGUCCCUCCCCGCAUCCAGGCUGGUCCCAAAGUGAUGAAGGUGCAGUUGGGUCAUUCAGUAGAGCUUCCCUGUGUGGCUCAUGGUUUUCCAGAGCCCAAACUCUCCUGGAGCAGAGAUGGAAGAACUUAUCCUUUGUCUCGGGACGGAAGCCUGGUUUUCACUAAAGUGUCUCUGGAUGACGAGGGCACCUACACCUGCACAGCGACCAACAGCGCAGGCAGAGACGAGGCGCGAGUUCAGAUGCUAGUGCAAGUUCCCCCUGUGGUUGAAGUCCUUGAGCCCCCAUUCAACAGUCCACUCCAGGAGCGCAUUGCAAAUCAGAAAAUUGCAUUUCCUUGCCCAGCUAAAGGUCUUCCAAAGCCUGUGAUUCGCUGGUAUCGUAAUGGUCAAGAACUGACUGGAAAUGAGCCGGGCAUUUCGAUCCAGGAGGACGGGACUCUGCUCAUCCUGACCUCCAUCUCACCACUGGACAACGGAGAGUACACGUGUGCUGCGGUCAAUGACGCUGGGUCCACUGAGAAGAAGUACCAACUCAAAGUCAAUGUCCCCCCAGAUUUUGUCAACAGUGAAACUUCAGGCAAUGUCUCUGUCGUCCUAAACCAGCCGACCUCCAUCGUGUGUGAUGUCACAGGAAGUCCACCUCCUGUGAUCACCUGGUACAAGAACGGCAUCCCUGUAGUUUCUAGUAACAGCAUUCAAAUAUUGGAUUCAGGAAAGACCCUUAAGCUCCUGCAGGCUGCCAGACCAGAUGCAGGGAGCUACAGCUGUAAAGCCAUAAACAUCGCUGGCAGCACAGAGAAAGACUUCUACUUAGAUGUGCUGGUUCCGCCAACCAUAAUAGGAUCUGGUUCUCCUCGAGAUGUCACUGCGAUCCUCAAGCAGGAGAUCAUUCUGGAGUGCAAAGUCCAAGGGUUUCCAUUUCCCACAAUACAGUGGUACAAAGACAGGAAGCUUGUUUUUCUUGGUGAUCCCAAUAUCGAGGUCAAAAAUAAGGGUCAAAUAUUGAAAAUCAAAAGUGCUCGUUUGGGAGACCAGGCUCGUUAUCAGUGCAGUGUCACUAACACGGCUGGCAAACAGUCCAAAGACUUCAACCUCAGUAUCUAUGUGCCACCCUCCAUAAAAGCUGGGAACAUAACCUCAGAAGUCACAGCCCUCCUGGACACUGGGGUGACAUUGGAGUGUGAGGCACGAGGGGUCCCGUUCCCCUCCAUUACCUGGUACAGAAAUCAUGAGGCCAUCCUGUCCCACCGCCAGGCCCAGUACAUGGAGAGAGGGCAGUAUCUGAAGAUCCCUCGAGUUCAGGCGUCUGAUGCAGGCCUCUACAUCUGCAGGGUGACCAGUGUGGCAGGCACCGCAGAGAAGACCUACAAACUGGAUGUGUACUUGCCCCCCACCAUUGAAGGAGUAGUUGACGGUCCCACUGAGAAGAGGGUGGUGCUGAGUAAGCCCCUGGAGUUAGAGUGUGAGGCGGGGGGUCACCCUCCCCCUUCCCUCACCUGGCUAAAGGAUGGCGUUCCCGUUCAGCACAGUGACUCUCUGCGUGUGCUGGAACACGGAAAGAAAAUCCAGAUCAGCUCUGUGUCCAUGUCCGACUCUGGGCGCUACGUCUGUGUGGCCACAAGCAUCGCCGGAGAGAAGGAGAUCAAAUAUGAUGUCAAAGUGUUAGUGCCUCCUUUCAUUGACAGUGGAGACAGUGUCACAGACAGCAUAGUGAUAAUCAACAGUCCUCUGGAGCUCGAGUGUCACGCCACUGGAACCCCUGCACCUACAAUAACGUGGUACAAAGAUGGAACCCCCGUGAGGCAGGGGGAGGGGCUGAGGGUGGCUGCCAGCGGGAGGCGUCUGGUGAUCUCUCGUGUCCAGGUCUCAGACACAGCUCGAUUUCAGUGUGUGGCGACAAAUGAAGCAGGAGACCAUGAGAGGGACUUCAAUGUGGUUGUGCAUGUUCCUCCUUCCAUCCGUACGACUGGUCCUGGGGAGCGUUCAGUGGUUCUUCAUAAAUCCAUCAGUCUUGAAUGCAUCUCCAGCGGGAUUCCUCCUCCCAGCAUCACCUGGCUCAAAGAUGGCCGACCUCUGGACACAACCAAAGAGCAUCUGAAGCUGGACUCUGCAGGCAGGUUGUUAAAGAUCACAGCGGCGAGACUGGACGAUUCAGCUAAAUACACCUGUUUGGCCACAAAUGCAGCCGGCGAAUCGCAGCAACACAUACGACUCAGCGUCCAUGAGCCUCCCAGUAUUCCCAAUGCAGGGGAGAUGAUAAACCAGACCAUCUUGUCAGGGUUUUCCACUGAGCUCCAGUGCAAGGCCGUAGGAAGCCCUUUACCUGCAAUCACAUGGUACAAAGAUGGCCGCCCUCUCACUAGUGCAGCCGGAGUGACGAUGUUGAAGCGAGGACAGGUUUUGGAGAUUGAACGAGCCCAACUGUCAGACGCUGGAGUCUACAGAUGUGUGGCUGUGAACCUGGUCGGAAUGGCCGAGAUGUUUCACAGCCUACAGGUGUUUGUCCCUCCUGUCAUCUCCAGUAGAGGGGGCACUGUCACUGUGGUGGUGAAUGAACCUGUUAGGCUGGAGUGCGAAGCAACAGGUGUUCCCCUGCCCAGCCUCACCUGGCUCAAGGACGGCAGCCCGGUGGCCAGUGUGUCUCAUGGAAUACAGGUGCUGUCUGGAGGCCGGGUGCUGUCUCUGAGCAGUGCACAGGUGGGUGACACAGGUCGGUACACCUGUGUGGCUGUCAACGCAGGAGGAGAACAACAAAAGUACUAUGACCUCAGCGUUUAUGUGCCACCAAACAUAAAGGGUGAGGAGGUGGAUGCCACAGUGAUGCUUGGUGAACCAGUGGAGCUGCAGUGUCAGAGCGAUGCCAUUCCUCCUCCGACUCUCUCCUGGCGUAAAGAUGGACGCCCUCUGUUCAGGAAGCUCGGACUCACUGUAUCUGAGGAUGGGAGUUUGCUCAAGAUUUCCAGAGCACAGAUGCAGGAUUCAGGACGCUACACAUGUGAAGCUACCAAUGUCGCUGGAAAGACUGAUAAGAACUAUAACCUCAAUGUUUGGGUUUCCCCCAGUAUUAGAGGAUCUGAGGAGGUUUCUCCACUGACUGUCACUGAAGGAGGACUCAUCACUUUGGUUUGUGAAUCCAGUGGUAUACCUCCUCCAAGCCUCACCUGGAAGAAAAAUGGCAAAGAUUUGAAAACCAGUCAGAGGGUGAGAGUUCUGUCUGGUGGCCGUCAGCUUCAGAUUUCGAGUGUAAACAGGACAGACUCCGGCUCCUACACCUGCACAGCCUCCAGCGCUUCUGGAAGCAGCUCCAAGGAAUACAGCCUGCAAGUCUAUGUUCGCCCAUACAUCAAACCCAGUGAGGGCGACUUGGAGGACAUUACAGUGAUCAAAGGAGGGGACCUGUCUCUCCAGUGCGCUGCCGAGGGAGUACCACGCCCAGCAGUCACAUGGUUAAAAGACGGUCGGCCAAUCACCGGGCAGCUUGGAGCCAAAGUCCUGAACGAAGGCAGACUACUUCAGAUUAAAGACGCUAAAGUGUCUGAUACUGGGAGGUACACGUGCAUCGCUGUGAAUGUGGCUGGACAGGUGGACAGCAAGCACGACAUCACUGUACAUGUCCCACCUACUAUACUUGGUGAGAUACGGUUUCCAGACAAUAUCAGUGUCGUUGUGAAGAACCCUGUGGCUUUAAGCUGCGAGGGCCAUGGGAUCCCACUUCCUGAAAUCACAUGGCUCAAAGACGGGCAGCCAAUCACAACUACCAGCACUGUGCGCAUCCUAUCAGGGGGACGUAGUUUGCGAUUAAUGCAUACCACAGUGGAGGAUGCUGGGAGAUAUACCUGUAUUGUUUCAAAUACUGCUGGAGAGGAAAGAAAGAACUUUGAUCUCAACAUCUUGGUGCCACCCAGUAUUGUCGAUGAAGGAACUGUUCAUGACGCUAAAGUAAAGGAAAAACACAACAUUACUCUGACCUGUGAGGCGACUGGUAACCCAGUGCCAGAUAUCAAAUGGCAGAAGGACGGUCAGCUGCUGGUGCCCGAUUCGACUCAUCAGAUCCUGUCUCACGGGCGUUUUCUCCACAUCAUCGGAGCCCAGGUUUUAGACACGGGCAGAUACAGCUGUCAUGCUUCUAACAGCGCUGGAGAUCGAAGCCGCCAUUUUAACCUCAAUGUCCUGGUGGUUCCUACCAUAGCUCAGUCCGGUCCUGACGGCUCUGCUGAGGAGGUGACAGUGACCCUGAGCAGUCCCACCUCCCUCGUGUGUGAAGUUCAGUCCUAUCCUCCAGCUCUGAUCACAUGGCUCAAAGAUGGCUCCCCCUUUGAGUCUACGCGCAGUGUCAGAGUCCUACCAGGUGGACGUACACUUCAGAUUCUCAAUGCCAAAGAGGAGGAUGCUGGGAGAUACACCUGUGUGGCCACUAAUGAGGCCGGGGAGACACUAAAGCACUAUGAAGUAAAAGUUUACGUCCCCCCACAGAUCAAUAAGAAUGACAUCCCAGGAGAAGGGCUGUCUCCAAAAGAGGUGAAAAUCAAAGUUAACAGCACUUUGACUUUGGAGUGUGCGGCUCAGGCGUUCCCAACUCCGGCUCUGCAGUGGUACAAGGACGGACAGACCCUGUUGGCAGAUGACCAUGUGUCUAUCACAGCCAAUGGUCGCAUUGUCCAGAUCAAACACGCUCAAGUUUCAGACACUGGGCGUUACACAUGUGUGGCCACAAACAUCGCAGGAGAGGACGAGAAGGACUUUGAUGUAAAUAUACAAGUUCCACCUAACUUCAAUAACAGAGACACGACCUCUCUUCCUGGUGUUCAUGGUGAUGUUCGGGACGUGAUCCUUAAUAAUCCUAUAUCCUUAUACUGUGAAACCAACGCUGUGCCCCCUCCCACUCUGACCUGGUACAAAGAUGGUCGACUGCUGCACUCCAAUAGCAAAGUGUUGAUUCUACCAGGUGGUCGAGUGCUGCAGAUCCCCAGAGCCCAGCUGGAGGACUCGGGCAGAUACAGUUGUGUGGCUGUGAAUGAAGCAGGAGAAGACUCUAUUCAGUACGACAUCAGAGUUUUAUUACCUCCAACCAUUCGCGGUUCAGACACAGACAUGCCUGAUGAAGUCACAGUGUUGGCCAAUAAAACGACGCAACUCAAAUGCCAAGCGGAUGGAAACCCCGCCCCCAAUAUCACAUGGUAUAAGGAUGGCCAACCAAUCAGAGCUGAGGCCACACGUCGCAUACUGUCAAACGGGCGCAUUCUUCAGGUGUUGACUGCCCAAGUUUCUGAUACAGGACGUUAUGUGUGUGUGGCUGAAAAUGUCGCCGGCAGUGCAGAAAAAUCAUUUAACCUCAAUGUUCACGUGCCCCCCUCUUUCAUUGGGCUGAAUCCGGAGAGUGUCACAGUUGUAGUGAACAACUUUGUGUCUAUGUCGUGUGAAGCGACGGGAAUCCCACCUCCUGCUCUGAGCUGGUUAAAUGAAAAAGGCCCAGUCCAGGCCAAUAGCAAUGCAUUAAUUAUGCCAGGUGGCCGUACUCUACAGAUUCUCAAAGCAAAAGUUUCAGAUGGAGGAAAAUAUAAAUGUGUUGCCAUAAACGCAGCAGGAGAAGCUCAAAAAGUCAUUCACCUCACAGUUUAUGUCCCUCCCAGUAUCCGGGACAGCAGUGGGGGGUCUCCUGUUGUGGUGAAUGUGCUGAUGGGUAAAGCUGUGACUCUAGAGUGUGAGUCUAAUGCCGUCCCUCCUCCCACGGUCACAUGGUACAAGAACGGAAGAGUCGUCACAGAAACGGCCAACGUGCAGAUCCUCGCCGAAGGACAGAGGCUGCAGAUCAAAGGCUCCGAGGUCUCUGAUACUGGACAAUAUGUUUGCAAGGCCACCAAUGUAGCAGGACAAGUGGACAAGAACUUUCACCUAAAUAUUUAUGUUCCUCCAAGUAUCGAUGGUCCAUCAGAGGAGACAUUUGUAGAAACCAUCAGUAACCCUGUCACCUUUGCCUGUGACGCCACAGGGAUCCCUCCUCCCAGCCUCACCUGGCUCAAGAAUGGUCUCCCUAUUGAGAACUCUGAGUCUUUGGAGAUGCACAUCUUCUCUGGAGGCAGCAAGCUUCAAAUCGCUCGAUCACAAGUUUCUGACAGUGGCACUUACACCUGUGUGGCCUCAAAUGUGGAAGGAAAGGCUCGCAAAAGCUACCACCUCACCAUACAAGUUCCUCCGAGUAUCUCAGGGUCAGAGAUGCCGACUGAGAUGGGUGUUUUGUUCAACGAAAGCAUCCAGCUGGAGUGUGACGCUCAAGGAAACCCAACUCCGACGAUCCAGUGGUUGAAGGACGGUGAAGUCAUUGACAGCUCUUCAAACUAUUCACUAAGCAUCAGUCCAGACGGCAAGAUACUGACUUUGGACGCAGCCGACACCGCAGACAGUGGAAAAUACACCUGUGUGGCCACCAACUCUGCUGGAGAGGAGGACAGAAUAUUUAACCUCAAUGUGUAUGUGCCUCCCACCAUUGAUGCCAGCAGAGAGGGAGCAGAGGAGGUGGUCACAGUUUUGGACAGUUCUGUAAACCUUGAAUGCGUUGCCGCUGGAUCUCCUCCUCCUCAGCUGAACUGGCUCAGAAACGGCCUUCCUUUGCCAGUCUCCUCCCACAUCAGGCUGCUCUCCGCUGGACAGGUGCUCAGAAUAACACGCACUCAAGUGUCAGAUGGUGGCACCUACACGUGUGUUGCAUCAAACAGAGCAGGAGUGGACAACAAACAUUACAACCUUCGAGUGCAUGUCCCCCCAGGUCUGGAUGGUGCAGGGACCACGGAGGACCUCACUGUUGUCAGGGGAAACACGGCCGCUCUCGUCUGUGUGGCUGAUGGGAUUCCUGCUCCUGUCAUGACCUGGUUUAAAGACGGACAGGUGCUCCGGUCUGACAGACAGGUGCACCGGGCAGAGGGACAGGUGCUUCUCCUGAACCUAAACACCACUGUACAGAUCUCCAAAGCCACAGUCAAUAACACAGGACGAUACACAUGUGUGGCUAACAACACUGCAGGACAAGUUAGCCGCCACUUCAACCUUAAAGUACUUGAACCUCCUCACAUUGACGGCUCAGGUGUCCAGGAUGAAGUGUCUGUGGUGGUCAAUAAUGUUUUGGAGCUUCACUGUAACGUCUCUGGGAUCCCACCUCCGACCAUAACCUGGCUCAAAGAUGGCCGCCCGCUGCCACAAACAGACAGUCUGCGCCUCUUGAGUGGAGGAGAGGUACUUCGGGUGGCUACAGCUCAGCUGGAGGACACAGGCCGAUACAGCUGCCUGGCCAACAGUCCAGCCGGGGAUGAUAGCAAGGACUUUCUGGUUCGGGUGCAUGUCCCACCUAACAUUAUCGGGGAGAGUACACCACAGGACAUUUCAGUGCUACUGAACAGACAAAUUACUCUGGAGUGCAAGUCUGAUGCUGUCCCUCCUCCAACUCUAAGCUGGCUGAAAAAUGGAGAACCACUGCAGGCUUCUCCCCGUGUCCGUGUUCUGUCCAGUGGCCGUUACCUCCAGAUAAACAUGGCUGAGUUGAGCGAUAGAGCUCACUACACUUGUGUGGCUAGCAAUGUUGCUGGCAAGACGACGAGGAAUUUCAACCUAACUGUUAAUGUGGCCCCUACAAUUAAAGAGAGUCCAACAGCAGUUUCAGUGCAUAUAAAGCAGCCUGCAGUCCUUGAGUGUAUUGUAGAAGGAGUGCCCCCACCUCGAGUAACCUGGAGAAAAAAUGGGGCAAUAUUAUCAGGGAACAGCCCCAGGUACAUGUUUAAAGAGGAUGGUUCGCUGCGUAUUCACUCUGCUCAGGUCUCAGACACAGGACGCUAUUUGUGCAUGGCAACAAAUCCAGCUGGGUCCCAACGCAAGAGAGUCGACCUGCAAGUAUAUGUGCCUCCUUCUAUUUCUGAGGGCCGUACCAAUGUGACAGUAACAGUGAACGUCCAGACCACUUUGUCCUGUGAGGCCACAGGGAUCCCCAAACCCACUGUCAGCUGGAGGAAAAAUGGACGCCUCAUUAACACAGACCAGAACCAGAAUAUGUACAGGUUGUUGUCUUCUGGAUCUCUGGUUGUCAUAGCGCCCACUGUGGAGGACACAGCAGUGUAUGAGUGUGUGGUCUCGAAUGAGGCAGGAGAGGACUCUAGAUAUGUUAACCUCACAGUCCAUGUGCCUCCAUCCAUUGCUGAUGAGCCCACAGAACUUGUUGUAACAAGAUUGUCCCCAGUGGUCAUAGCUUGUACUGCAUCUGGGGUCCCUGAGCCAACAAUCCACUGGAGCAAAGAUGGCAAAAAGCUGUCCCAAGAUGGACGAGGGUACAGCAUCCUGCCCACAGGUCCAAUUGAGAUUGACUCAGCUGAGCUCAGUCAUGCUGGACGUUACAAGUGCACAGCCCAAAACGCUGCAGGCUCCACUGUCCGAUAUGUGCGGCUCACAGUUCAGGAGCUCCCUGUGAUCCAGAGCCACCCUGUUGAUAUGGAUGUGAUUUUAAACAACCCUGUGACACUGCCGUGCAAAGCAACAGGCUCACCCACACCAACUAUCACCUGGCAGAAAGAGGGCAUCAAUAUUCCCACAACAGGUGGUGUUUACACAGUGUUGCCCAAUGGGAGUCUUCAGAUCUCAAGGUCUUCUGUGCUGGACUCUGGCACUUACAUUUGUGUGGCUCAGAACACUGCAGGCACAGCUCUGGGCAAGACCAAACUCAGAGUACAAGUGCCUCCUGUGAUCAGCUCAGAGCCUCAGGACUACGUAUCCCCCAUGGACUCCUCUGUGACGCUGCAGUGUUCAGUAGAGGGCUCUCCUUCUCCCUCUGUGUCGUGGCGUAAGGACGGCCGGCUGCUCUCAGAGUCGAUCAGACAGAGAGUGCUCAGCUCUGGGUCUCUGCAGAUCGCCUUCAUUCAGCCCAGUGACACAGGACACUACACCUGUACAGCGGCGAAUGCAGCGGGGACGGCCAGCCUGGACAUGACUCUAACUGUGCAGGUUCCUCCUUCCAUCCGCGGUGGGGAACAGGAGAUAUCUGUGGUUGAGAACAAUCAGGCCCAGCUGGUGUGUGUUGCUGAGGGGGUCCCACAGCCCUCUCUGUCCUGGGAGAGGGACGGAGAGCCUCUGAGUGACAGCUCUGGGGAGUACACCAUCCUGCCCUCAGGCGAGCUCAUCAUUGACAUCGCCCAGCCUGAAGAUGCCGGCUCUUACACCUGUGUGGCCACUAACGCUGUGGGUCAGGACAGUCGCACUGUGACUGUGUCUGUCCACACACAUCCUGCUUUCACUGAACUGCUCGGAGAUGUAUCCCUCAACAAAGGAGAGCGCCUCCUGCUGGCCUGCAGUGCCACUGGCAUCCCUGCACCACGAAUCACAUGGGCCUUCAAUAAUAACAUCAUCCCAGUUCAUUAUGAUCACAUGAACGGCCACAGUGAACUGGUCAUAGACAGGGUGACCAAAGACGACUCGGGCACUUACACUUGCAUUGGAGAAAACAGCGUGGGCACCGUGAAGUCUGUGGGAUUUGUUUAUGUUAAAGAGCCCCCAAUCAUUGAUGGAGAUUCGCACUCAAACCGUAUUGAGCCUCUUGGAGGAAAUGCCAUCUUGAACUGUGAAGUCAGAGGAGACCCUUUACCCACCAUCCAGUGGAUCAAAAAUGGUAUAAACAUCCACAUCAACAAUCGUAUCCGUCAACUGGACAACGGAUCUCUGGCAAUCUAUGGGACAGUGAGUGAAGAUGCUGGUAAUUACAUGUGUGUGGCCACCAAUGAUGCUGGCGUUGUGGAAAGAAGUGUAACAUUAACUCUGCAGAGUACACCAGCCAUAGUAGUGGAGCCAGCUGAUACAGUCAUCGACGCUGGUACUACAGUGGUGCUGAACUGCCAGGCGGAGGGAGAGCCCACUCCGAUGGUAGAGUGGUCUCGUGAGGGCCGGCCGCUCUUGGGCAAUGAGCGAUUCUCCACUUUGACCAACGGCUCUCUACGUGUCACCAGUGCCCAGAAGGAGGACACCGCAGAGUACGAAUGUGUAGCCAGAAACCUGCUUGGAUCUGUGCUGGUCAGGGUCACUCUCACUGUACGAGUGCAUGGGGGGUACUCUGAGUGGGCUGAGUGGGGUCCGUGUAGUGUGUCCUGUGGAGUUGGCGGUCAGAAGAGACUGAGGCAGUGUAAUAACCCACUUCCGGCCAAUGGGGGGCACCACUGCAUGGGGCUGGCUUCAGAGACACGCAGCUGCCACGGAAAGCCAUGUCCAGUGGAUGGUAACUGGUCUGAGUGGUCGGUUUGGGAGGAAUGUUCCCGGACUUGUGGUCAUGGCAACAGGACCCGGGUCCGGACCUGCAGUGACCCCCCCGUUCAGCAUGGGGGCAGAGCAUGUGAGGGCAGAGCUGUGGAGGUCAUGAUGUGCAGUGUCAGACCGUGUCCAGUUGCAGGUAACUGGGGUCCCUGGCUUCCGUGGAGCCCGUGCAGUGAGACCUGUGGUAAAGGGAUGCAGUCCAGAGUUAAACUGUGUAACAACCCCCCUCCUGCUUUUGACGGACCUCAGUGUGAAGGCAGCGAUACUCAGACACAAGUGUGCAAGGAGAGGCCCUGUCCUGUGGACGGAAAGUGGUCUUCGUGGGUGAACUGGGCGGCAUGCAGUGUUUCCUGUGGGGGUGGGACCAGGCAAAGGACACGCCUCUGUGCAAGCCCCGCCCCUCUGCAUGGGGGACGCCAAUGUGAAGGAAGCGACGUUCAAAUCGACUUCUGCAACAAUGAUCCAUGCCCAGUGAAUGGUAACUGGGGGGCAUGGAGCUCAUGGGGCAGCUGCAGUAGGUCGUGUAGUGGAGGUCAGACCAGGCGGUACAGGACGUGUGACAGCCCCAGACCCACAAAUGGAGGACGAGCCUGUGCAGGGGCAGACUCACAGAUACAAAAGUGCAACACUGAAGACUGUCCGGUGGAUGGAAGCUGGGGUGUGUGGCAAUCGUGGAGCGAGUGCUCAGUGUCAUGUGGAGGAGGAGAGAGGAGGAGAGAGAGGCUUUGCACUGACCCCCCUCCGUCCAACAGGGGGCGCACAUGUCCUGGAGACUCCUCCCAACUGUCCCGCUGCAACUUUCAAGCCUGUCCUGGUGGGCCCCAAAAGGCUCGUGGCAGCAUCAUAGGAAACAUCAAUGAUAUUGAGUUUGGCAUUGCGAUUCUUAAUGCCUCCAUCUCUGAUGAUGAAACUGGAGGCAAAGUGAUCGAUGCAACGAUUUCUAAUAUACCACGUACAUUAGGCCCUGCAAUGCGUAAACUUAUCUCCAUCCUUAACCCGAUCUACUGGACCACGGCUCAUGAGAUUGGGGAAGCGGUGAACGGUUACACAUUAACAGGAGGAGUCUUCAGGAGAGAGACACAAGUCGAAUUUGCCACAGGAGAGAUUCUGAGGAUGACUCAUGUUGCCAGAGGGAUGGAUUCAGACGGAGCUUUGCUUUUGGACAUCGUCGUAAACGGACACCUUCUUCAACUGCCAUCAAGCGCUGACAUAAGCAUCAAGGACUACACAGAGGACUACAUUCAGACUGGUCCCGGGCAGCUGUACGCUCAAUCCACACGAAUGUUCAGUAUCGACCAAGAGAGCGUCCCUUACUCAUGGAACCACACCAUCUCCUACGACUCGGCCAAAGGGAAGAUGCCGUACCUGGUGGAGACUCUGCACGCUACUGCCAUCAGCGCCCUCUACCACCCACUAGAGGAAGUGCUGGUCUUUAGGAUACAGGCCACUAUAGCUAAAGGUGACCGCAGUAACCAGUGUCCACAGGGCUUCACCUUGGUGUCUGCAGGGCCCUAUUGUGCAGAUGAGAAUGAGUGUGACGUGGGUAACCCUUGUUCUCACACCUGUCACAAUGCAAUGGGCACGUACUACUGCUCCUGCCCCAGAGGCCUGACCAUCUCCGCCGAUGGAAGAACAUGCCAAGACAUAGAUGAGUGUUCAUUGGGAGGAAACGUGUGCCAUGACGGACAAGAGUGUGAAAACACCAUUGGCUCCUAUCGGUGUGUUAUGAGGUGUGGGCGGGGCUUCAAGAGAACAGCAGAUGGCUUUAGCUGCACUGAUAUUAAUGAGUGUCAGGAAUCCAAUCCAUGUCACCAGCACUGUCUCAACACUAUUGGGAGUUACCGUUGUGCGUGUGAACCAGGAUACCAGCUCAGAAACAGACGCUGCAUAGACAUAAAUGAAUGCCGUCAGAGAGUUUGUCGAUCGGACCAACAGUGUAAAAAUACUCGAGGUGGUUACACGUGUAUAGACCUGUGUCCCAGUGGUAUGACCAAAGGAGGCAAUGGCACAUGUAUAGACAUAAAUGAAUGUAGAGACGGUACUCAUCAGUGCAGAUAUAAUCAGAUCUGUGAGAACACCAGAGGAAGCUACCACUGCACCUGUCCACGCGGGUACAGGUCUCAGGGAGUGGGACGCCCCUGUGUCGAUAUAAAUGAGUGCGAGCGGCCUCCCCCUCCCUGUGCGCACCAGUGCAUCAACACUCCAGGCAGCUUCAAGUGCACGUGCCCGCCAGGGCGCCAACUGCUGGGGGACGGCAAGUCCUGCGUGGGGCUGGAGCGCCUACAACCCAGCUACGAGAGCUACUCUUACGGCUACCGCUCGUCUCAGAGCUCCUCCCCUCACAGCUCCUAUCAGCAGCACUACCACAGCAUGGCCUCUCAGAGCUACCACUCCUAUGGAGCCAACAGGGGGCGCCCCAGGGCCCGCACAGAGAGGAGUGUGCGAGUCUCACUGCGGAGCUCCCUCAUGUGUCACAUUGGGUUUGUGUUCAGAGGGGGGCGCUGUGUAGACAUAAACGAGUGUGAGGUGAGGGACACCUGUCAGCACGAGUGCAUGAACACUCCGGGUAGUCACCGCUGUCUGUGUCCCGCUGGGUACAGACUUAUGACAAACGGGAAGACAUGUCAAGAUAUAGACGAGUGCCUGGAGCAGAACAUCCAGUGUGGAGCAAACCGCAUGUGCUUCAACAUGAGAGGAAGUUACCAGUGCAUAGACACGCCCUGCCCACCCAACUACCUACGAGAUGCAGCCACUGGGUUCUGUCUUAAAAACUGCCCUCCAAACGACCUGGAGUGUGCGCUGAGCCCCUAUGCGCUGGAAUACAAACUCCUGUCUCUGCCUUUUGGAAUCGCAGCCAAUCAGGACCUCAUCCGCCUGGUCGCCUACACCCAGGACGGAGUGAUGCAUCCCAGGACCUCGUUCUUAGUUGUGGAUGAAGAUACCACGUUGCCUUUUGCCUUAAGGGACGAGAACAUGAAGGGAGUCCUGUUUACCAUGAGACCCCUCAAAGAGCCCCACACGUAUCGUAUGAAAGUCCGAGCUUUGUCCUACAGCGAAGACGGGGGCAUUGAGUAUCAGACCACCUUCAUAGUUUACAUCGCUGUGUCUGCCUACCCCUACUGAAGUAGCACUUUAAACCGCAGCAAGAGGCAAAUGUGUGCCAAAGGAUAACCUAUAUAAUGAAUUAUUAGGGAUGGGACGAGAUGCAUUUUCCAUAAGAUGAUACAAGACACAAGAUUGGGUCCACAAGGAGAUACGGCCAGUUUUUAAACAGUAUAUGAUAAGAAAUAGGCAAAAAAAUGCACUUCAAAAUCAGAAUCAAUAUUACUCCAUCCAUCUAUUUUCUUCUGCAUAUCCGAGGCUGGGUCACAUGGCCAGCAGUCUAAGCAGGGACUCCCAGACUUCCCACACCCCAGACACUUCCUCCAAGGUGUUUCCAGGCCAACCAAGAGGCAUAGUCCUUCCACGCGUGUCCUAGGUCUGGGGGGACUACCUAUAAUUACUCCAAUGGGAAAUUAUUUUUGUUCCAAGUUCAAGGUUUUUAUAUUUUUUGUUAUCCCAAUGCAAAAAAGCAUGACAGAACGAAAUGUGUUCAUCAAGGCCCAGUGAUGCGGCUCAAAAUAAAGUUAAGAAAACUAAAAUAUCAGUAUCACAGUCAAAAUUUAAUUAAAUAUUAUAAGUUAGCUGCUAUUGUCGAACUACAGCGUCUCAAAAUGU